AUGCAAAAUUAUUCUUUAUUGAACAAAGGCAUCCCAUACUUGCCACAGCCAUUAUCCAAAGUUAUCUCAUCGAAACAGGAUGUUUCAUUUGUCGCAGGACUCAGACUAAGUCCUGGCACAGCCCAAAACAUUGAGGAUCCAUCGACGAUAGAAAAUGUGUCUGCCAGUGUGACCAACACAGCCAGUAUGCUAAAACCGGAUAAUUUUUCCCAGGAAGUGAUUCUCUAUAAUUUGUCCGCAUCAUACGCUGUGUUCAAUAACGCAUUUACCAAUGAAAGUAACGAUCUCGAGGAGAUUUCAACCCAUCUAGGUCCGUUCAAUCAACACAUACCCAAAUACGGCGAACCUCUCAUGAUAUGCAUCUGUGUAAUGCUUGGAGGUAUGAUCCUAGCAAUUAUUCUGGGCAACAUAUUCGUCAGUACUGCCAUCCUCGUAGAGAAGUCUCUGCAAGGUGUCUCCAACUAUUUGAUAUUAUCGCUAGCAAUGACAGACCUACUUGUGGCUGUGCUUGUCAUGCCACUGAGUCUCAUCAACGAGAUCAGCAUUCAUUGGUUUCUCGGGAAUGCCAUAUGCGACAUGUGGAUCUCUAUGGACGUUUUGUGUUGUACUGCUUCCAUUUUGCAUCUUGUUGCCAUCGCAUUCGAUCGCUACUGGGCGGUAUCCAACAUCGAUUAUGUACGGAGUCGAAGUGCGCGUCAGAUUUUGUUCAUGGUAGCUAUUGUAUGGAUGGUGUCUAUAUGUAUAUCGAUUCCCCCGUUGUUUGGCUGGAGAGAUGAAGCAGAUGGUCCUCAGUACACCGGGCAAUGUCAGAUCUCCCAGGAUCACGGUUACACGAUAUUCUCCACCGUUGGGGCUUUCUACUGUCCAUUACUACUUAUGCUGAUUAUCAACUUUAAAAUAUACCGCGCAGCUCGCUAUAGGAUACGCAAAAAACGAUUCGGCGGGCGUCCACCAAAGCAGCACGCAUUACAUGUGCCGUUACCAGUUGUUACCAUCGAACCUUCGCUAAGAACAAAUACAAGGAAUUCAUCGGGCAGUGAUGUGAGCCAAGAUGGUAUUAGCAUGUACGUGCCAUCCUGUACAAAUGCCAACGAUGUGACUAGGGUUGAUAUGGAGUCUCCGCUGGACGUUCGGGAGAAUGGGCAAUCUCUCCUGGAGCAGGACUCCAAUCUGACCCGAAUGUUGAGUAACACAUUGACUGUGCCCGCAUGCACCGUUAACGUAGCACUGUCCAAACAGGGUGUGGUGUCCAAUAACAACAUUUCUAAACGACAGAGGCGAGGUGAUAAGGAAAGGUACCGGCGAGAAAAAAUGGAGAUGAGGCGAGAAAGAAAGGCGGCACGAGUGUUAGGGAUUAUCACAGGGGCGUUUGUUGUGUGUUGGCUUCCAUUUUUCAUCGUAGCUGUUGUCGCACCUCUAUGUGGCACACACUGUACCAUUCCGGAAUACGUCUUUAGCAUGUGUCUGUGGCUGGGUUACUUCAACAGCCUACUCAACCCAAUCAUCUACACAAUCUUCAACCCCAGUUUCCGGUGCGCCUUCAAUAAGAUAUUCUUCCGUCAGAUGAAAUCAGCAAACAGAGUGACGUAA